GACGAGUGGCAGCGAUGAUUCCCUGAGAGCCUGUGCGUGUGUGUGUCCGUGUGUCCGUCCGUGUGGCUGCGCCCCGGUCCCCCCCCCCCCCCCCCCCCCGCCCCGCCGCAGUGUGGAGGGAGGGACCGCGGCCCGCAGCCGGCGCCGCGCGGGGCCGGGCGCUGUCCGGGGUGCUGAGCCGCGCGGGGCCGGGGCGCUGCUGUCCAGGGUGCUGAGCCGCCCGGGGUGCUGAGCCGCCCGGGGUGCUGAACCGCCCGGGGCCGGGGUGCUGAGCCGCCCGGGGUGCUGAGCCGUGGGGAUCCCGGACCUGCCCGGGGUGCUGAGCCCGGGCGGCACCAUGGUGUUCGCUCCAGGUGAGAAGCCAGGGACAGAGCAAGAUGAAGUUAAGCUACAGAAUGCCAGCAAGCAGAUUGUGCAGACUGCUAUUCUUCGAGCAGUGCAGCAAGUUUCCCAGGAGAGCCAGCAAAAGGAGAAGCGAACGAACAGCACAAGCCUUCAGCUAGAAAGAGGAAAAUUAACGAAGAAACAUGAAAAAAAGUAAAGGAGCAGAUUGGUUGUUUUCAGUCCUCCAGUCUGCAGUUUUUUCAGCCUCCUCUUUAGUAUCAGCUGUAUUGCUAGUGCAAUGUUACUGUUGUAAAGCAAACCAAAGUAUAAUCACACCUAGACAUAGGGUAAAGCUGCAAUAGUCCUCAGCUGAGAAAUAUUAAGUGCAUUAGAUGACUAACUCCAUAUUCAUGCAGUGCCUCUUAACAGAAACAAUAACCAUAGCUAUAAAAGUAGUUUCAAGCACAAACUCUUAUGGUAUGGACUUAUUCUCAAAAGCUUGUUGUCAGUGCACUUUCAUGUAAGUUCUGCGUGCAAAGUCCAUGUCAGUUCAGCUGGACAGACUCUUCUCUGAGUUACUGGGUUCACUGAAGCUGUCUUCACCGAAGAAAUAGUUUACUGUUGAGUGUAGCAGAAUGUUUUCAGGCUGCCUUGAAGCACGGGUUUGUACUUUGCUUUGUUUAAACAUGGACUAUGUGAAAUGGCAGUAUAAAGUGGAUUUGGUAAGUUCCAUGAACCAAUUUCUUUCUUCAUCUUGAAAAACAAACAAACAAACAAACAAACAAGCCAAUCCAGUAAGACUGCUAUGACCAUGAUCUAUGACUGUGAUCAUAGACCUAUGAUCUAUGUAUUUUUUAAAAGAAGUUAAAAGAAGUACUGAAGUUUUAGUCUACUUAUUUGAAAUACUUCUGCAUAGAAAUCACUUGUGCCUCAACUAUUCCUUUUGAUUUUCUUGAUAUUGAAAGAAGAGAAAUGUGCUGAUACGGAAUUUGCCAGCUUUUCCUUCAGUUUUGUAACUUUGCUGGGACUUGAUUUAUAGAAAGUGAAGACUGGAGUGGCUUUAAAAAAAAGGGUUUGAUUUUAUUAAUAUCUUGAAAGAUGGAAAUAUACCGUGUCUGAAUUCUGUCACGGUAGAUAUUUCUUACCUGCUGGGCAUAAAGUGAAUUUAGAUGUUUGUGAUUGUUACAUAGAUUCACCUUAAAUAACACUGCUUUAUGCCUGUAAUACAGAAGUUAUCCUUUAACUGCUUUAUAUAGAUGAAGAAAUCCAUGAUGUUUCUGAAAAUACAAAUUAAAUAAAUAUAGCUUUCACUUUUAUGCUCCCUUACUGUAAUGAUGAUUGCACUAUUAUUAUGCAUCUGAAAUUAAUAGCAAUAUAUUUAAUUCUAGAAAUGGCUUGUAGCUCUGCUUCAACUGAAUUCUUGUAGUAAUGCACCUAAAAAUAUGGAGAAGCAGAUGCACAGGAUCUGCAAAGAAGGAGACAAACUUUAUUAAUUGCUUUUCUACUCAGAUGAUUCUCAAAGAGACUUUUGUUUAAAUAAUUGGCUAUUACUUACUGUGUGUUACUGCUUGUGUUAAACAAUUUCAGGAUUCUUUCUCAUGGCCAGAGGCUUAGUCAUGAAUACUGACAUACUGUAAUAUUAAGCCUUUGAAAUCUGCUUGGUUCCAUUAAAAAAAAAAAAAAAAAAUUAACAGAACUGACUCAUACCAGGUAAUCAUUUAGCUCAAUCUUCUUUCACUUAAAAAUGCAAAGAAGAAUUUGACAUCAUUAAAGUUGUUCUAAAUCCUCUAAUGAUGAAAACUGACUUGGAUUUCCUACACACAGCAGAUUUGCUUCUGUAGACACUGGGUGAAUUUUUCCAGCCAAGCAGACUUUGAAAGGUGGAAGUAGUUGGGUCUUGAUGCAUGUGUGUGUUUGUCAUAAUAGUAAUUUUUUUACCAUUAGCUUUUACAUCAGUUGACCUUUGGUUGGGAAAUAGCUUUUUUCUAAGCACUCUGUGUCUUUGCUUUCUGAGAGUCUAAGAAAACUGAUCAUGAGUAAAGGUCCAAUUCUGAGGAUGAUGGGCAGGCAAGUCUAGUGGAUGAGGCAGAGCAAGCCUGUUAGAGAGACUGUGGUGUAAAAUGGUGUCUACCAUGGACUCACCUACAGUGUUGUAGGAAAGAGAGCUAUAGAACAGCAAAAUCCCCAUUUCUUUGGGAUUAUUCUACUUUUUUAAUGCUUUAUGUCUCAGAAUGUUGGCAGUAUGUUGUUUGGUUUGUGUUUUUUUUUUUUUUUAUUAUUAUUUGUUUUGUUUUGUUUUGUUUUUUUAAUUAUGUUCCUAGUAAUUACUUCAAUAAUCUUGGUGUAGUUUGGAACCCUGAUUGCAUGUCUAAUUUUUUUAAAGUCAUAAUGUUAGAAAAAGAGGAAUGUCUGAAGCCAGUGAAUCCAGUCUUCAUAUGAGCCCAUUCUAUUCCUCUUCCCACUAUGCUCUUCCAAAAUAUCCCUUUACUUUCCUUGACCUUUUACACACAGUAUUACCCAACCAUUAAAUCAUGCCCAUCAUUUUCAGUACUGUCAGAAGUAUAAUAUCUUGGGAAGAUAAAAAUUAUAGGAAGCCUAACAGAGCCUUGAGGAAGUUUUCUAUGGUCUCCUGUCAAGAAAAAACAAAUACAGUAGCUUAAAUAAUGUAGUUUUCCCUGAGAGCCAAAUAAUGUGUCUCCUAUCUAUAGUACAUAUAUCCCUAAAAUAAGGCAUGCAUUUAGUAUCUCCUAUUGACAAAGGGUGUUCUGCAUACCACUUGUAUCUAGGAUAUAUGAUUGGUGUCUGUACAGUAUGUGAGAGGACUGCACAAGAGAAAAUUUUACCUUUGGUUUGUUAUACGCUUACUACAAGGUGAAAGCGGGUAUUUUUGGUAUCUUCGCUGACAGAUUAUAUUUUCUGGAGAAAAUACAGACUAUAGAGAUUAUGACAGAUGUGAUGCAGAUCUGAUUACAAAUAAAAAAACUCUUAAAGAAA